AUGCAGCAGACGGGACUCACCAUCCUGGCCUUGGCUGCCUGGGCUGCUCUUCGCCCCUCCGCAGCCAUCCUCCCCAUCGCCUCCAGCUGCUGCACCUUGGUUUCCCACCACGUCCCCCGGCGCCUCCUGGACAGAGUGAGCGACUGUCGCAUCCAGAGGGCCGACGGGGACUGUGACCUGGCGGCCGUCAUCCUCCACAUCAGGCACCGAAGGAUCUGUGCCAGCCCACACAGCCACACCGUCAAGCAGUGGCUGAGGAAGCAAGCGGCCAGGAAGCAUGCCCACGGCCACGUUUGCCACGUGAAGAGGCACCAUGGCAAGAGGCACAGCCACAGGGCACAUCCGGGGACACCGAGCUCCAUGUUGGAGAGUGUGCCAGCGGGCCUGUGA